CAUUUUAUUUAGCAAAUUGUGUGUGUUCGCUCGGCGUCGGUUCUGAAAAAUCCAUCACAAUACCCAGCUCCCAUUCACAAUCAAACAAAUAUUCAAUCAUUCUUCUCAAAGUGUUAUCAUCAACCAAACUCAACAAUAGUUAUGGACGUUAAAAACCAUUCGGCGGAUGCAGACGGACCGGCGGCGUAUACAAGUCGGCCGGCAAGCACCACCACCAAAAGGCAACGUCCGGCGGCAAAGAUGAAGGAGAAUGCACCCUCGCACGACUACAAUCUGCGGCAGCGGGGCAAAGCGACGGCCGGCCAGAACGACGUGUUCGAGCGCAACUACCAGUACGCCUUCAUCUACAAGGCGAAGCACGAGAAAGCGGUGAAGGAGCAGGAGGAGGCCCACGCCAACUUGCCGCACUUUAAGGCCCAACCGAUGCCGAUCGGGUCGCCGCCGCGCCGUAUCCGGAUGCCCCAGUUCACCAUCCCGCACACGCCGGAGGUGUUGAAGCACCAGAACAAGAAGCAGGCGGAGGAGUGAAGCAAAGCAGGCGUUAGCUUAAGAACCUUAGUUAGGAACCGUGUCCGCCGGUAGGAUUGAUUUGAGCCGGAAGGAAGCUGCUUGAAGGAGAGGAUUGUGUAGAGAGGAUAGCAUAGAUGUGUCAUAUAAAUAGUUUUGUAGAACAAUGCGAAGUACAGCAGUGUGAUAAACGA